GCCUGAGAAACGUUACAAAGAAGAGGUAACUUGCACCAUGAAACUUCUCAUCAGCUCCAUUAUCAUCAUACUCAUCUCUUUGGGAGCUUCAUCUUCCUCUACAAAUGGCGAAAAUGAAGAGGAAGUAACGAAAUUUCUCGAAGAAGUCAAUCAUCGCUUGGCCAUACUCUAUAACAAAGAAGUCUUGGCCAAUUGGCAGAAUGAAAUCAAUGGUCCCAAUGAUCUCAUAGCUCUGCUUCAGUCCGAAAUAGCUACCAAAGAGAUAAUGCGCUAUAUAAGCUCCAUAGCGCCAAUGGUUAAAAAAUAUAAAAGAAUUCCCCUGGAGGAUGUGGAGCUUAAACGCCAGCUAUCACUUAUACCCGAGGUGGGUUAUGAAGUGCUGCCACCUGAAGACUUGGAACUUUUAUAUGCUGUCACAGCAAAUAUGAGUGAAAUCUAUAGGCACUCAAAACUGUGCUCUUUUGAGGAUAGACAAAAAUGCGAUUUGGUAUUGGUGCCAGAUGUGCAGAAUAUUUUACAUACCACCGGCCAGGUGGAGGUCAUUGAAUACUAUUGGCUGGAGUGGAGAAGAAAGACGGGGGUGGCCGCACGGGAAGAUUUUCGCAGAUUUGUGGAGUUGUACAGGAAAACGGCAAAAUUAAAUGGAUUUUCUAAGGCUUCUAAUUUCUGGUAUAAGGAUCUUGAGAAUGAUAGUGAAACUGUUGCCCAAUUACUGCAGAAAUUUAUGUUGGAGCUUAAGCCUUUCUUUGAGCAAUUUCAUGCUUAUGUUCGAGGUCAAUUAAGAAGGAAAUAUGGCGAGCAACUUAUAGCUCCUCAGAAACCCUAUCCCCAACAUUUGGCGGAAAUUUUCAUAGGCAAUGCUUUUCGCUUGGAAGAGCCGGAUUGGCACAUGCAUUUACCUUUUGAUACAAAAAUAAUGCCCAAUAUCACAGAAAAUCUUCUUAGAAAAGGUCUGACAAAUACACAAGGGAACUUCCAGAAUGCCCAGGAGUUUUUCCGUUCCCUGGGAAUGCCCAAAUUAGAGGAGAAUUUUUGGUCCGACAGCUGCCUGCCUAAAGCCGAUUUGGAAGAUGACCAUUGUUGGCAUAAGGCCUGGAAAUUCUAUGGCCUUUAUCAUGUGAAUUUCUCCUAUUGCCCUCUCACGACUGAACAAACAUUCUUCAAUAUGUUUGAGGCCUUAUCCGAUGUCUUCUAUUACAAAUCCUAUGAAAAUCUGCUGACUUUAUAUCAGGAAGAACCUUUGCCCAACUUCAGUGAUGCCUUGGGGAAAUUCUUUUCCUUAGCUGCCUCUUCACCCAAAUAUUUACAGAAAAUUAAAGUGGUCGGUGAGGAAUAUGCAGAGAAGGAAGCGAGAAUUAAUCGAUUAUAUAUUCAGGGUCUACGCACUGUAUUUCUCAUCCCCGUUUUCUACAUACUGGAACGUUAUCGUUUAGACAUACUCGAUAAGAAAAUCGAUAUUGAUGAUAAUUGUGCAUAUUGGCGUCUAACCGAAGAUUAUACAGGAGCUGAACCGCCAGUUCAACGUUCCAAUGCCGAUUUUGAUGCCCCAGCCAAGUUGCUAAUGGAAGUAGAUGAUCAGUAUACCACUCAAAUAUUUAGCAUAGUAUUGCAAUAUCAACUGCUAGAACAUUUUUGUAAGCUAACCGGGGAGUACAAACCUGGAGAUGAGGAAAAGUCUUUGGAUUUAUGUGAUUUGACGGGUCAACGUUUGGUGGGAGAGAAAAUAAGUCAAGCCAUGUCUUUGGGUGCCUCGUCAUCCUUCAAAGAAGUUUUGAAAACGUUAAUAGGCUCCAAUGAAGUGGAUAUUAAAGGGUUUUUGGAAUACUAUCGCCCUCUGUAUGAUUGGUUGGUGGAACAAAAUAGCUUGGAACAAAAUGAAGUCGGUUGGGAGAAAUCAGAAAAAUGCCAACCCUGAGUACUAAGAAUAAAAUAUCCACACAGGGUGUUAGUCCCCAUUCAUCAUAUUCCAUAAAAUGCAGCAUACUUUUAGGAACUUUGAAUAAAAUACCCACACAGGGUGUAAGUCACCUUUGACAUCUUAAUAUUAAAUGAAAACACAUAAAAUGUAUCAAUAAUGUAUAUGCGUGUAUGUGUUUAUAGG